GAAAUUGUGGCAGUACUGUUCCCCCCGGUGCGGGUGCCGGCACGGGCGGGACUCCGACUCAAUUGACCGUCUUCGACUUUCCCGCUCACCACCAGCAAAACACCACCAUGGACAUAUCUGACUUCAACGUCUUCGCAGACAAGCACAGCGACGGCAGGCGAGACGACGCCUCGUCCAUGCAUCCAUCAGCUGGCUCUGCUCAGGGAAACGCAGCGGCAAACAAUAUCAACUUUGACGCUCUGCAACAGCUGCUUUCGAUGCAAAUGCAGUUCCCCAUGUCCGUCGACAACUCGUCGUCAAACAUCAACACUGGUCAACCGAGCUCUGCAAGCAACACGAACACGGCAGCGCUCCUUGAGCAACAGAUACGGUUGCAACAAUUGCAGCAGCUCCAACAAUUACAAAAUCAGAUCUUUCAGCAACAGAUCGAGCUCAUAAGCGGCCAGAGCAGCUUAUCAGCUAGCAUGGAGUCGACUCCGCUGCAGCAAACGCCGUUCCGAGACGUCAGCCAGUUCCAAGGUCUUCCGACACCCGUCAAUUCUACCGAACUUAGACCACAGCCUCCGCCAAAUUUCGUGUCCCCGAUGAUCCUCCAAAAUUACCUAGCACAGCCAGGUCCUGCCGCUCAUUUGAAUACGCCCCACUCGCUCCCGCAGGGUUCGAGCUCCGCACCUGCACAUCUUGCGUUCCCCACGCAGGCACCGCCGGUAUCUCCAGACCUUGACUUUAGCAUUUCAAGUCCAUGGCUCGGUGCAGUGUCGUACCAGCCAGUACAACAACAGUUGCAACAGCAGUCGCAAGAACGAGUGCAGGCAGAGCCGAAGCGUCGAGGCUCGAAGCGCGGUGCGUCAAGUAGCGGAGAUGAUAGUAUUGACGGGGCGAGAAAGCGCCAGUCUCCGGCCGUACGUGCUGUGGCCGGCAGCAGGCGCAAGACAAUGAACGCUCGUGGGAGCGUUAGCGCUAGUGCGACGCCCGCGAUUCGAGCACAAUCUGGUGGAAGUAGCAUCGUUUUGGGUGAUUUUGUUGGUGACACACCAUCGCCUGUUGACUUGUCGAUGCCUCCGCCUACACAACCGCCCGAGUCGGGCGGCAGUACUUCUUCAAGCGCACAACCCUCUUCAGCUUUUCCUUCUGGUUCAUCGCAGACGAGUCCUGCUUUAUCACCUGUGACUCCAGCGAGUAUCAUGAACCUCGGUCGUCUGGGACUAGGUAGCGGUUUGUCCUCACCCGCACCCGAAGGCCAUACUCAAACACAAACCCAAUCCGUCGAGAAAGGAAAAGGAAAAGCCAAAACCAAAUCUCCUCCAAACCCCAAACCAUCCAACACCUCCACUACGACGAAAUCAGUCUCUAAAAGGCGUUCCUCAACCUCACUUAUCAGUCCCUCCCUCAAACCUCUCCUCCCAGGUGGACUCGCACCGUCCUCCGCAGCUCAACUCGGCUCGCAAUCCAAUUACAGUCAUCACAUCUCCGGCUCCGCAGCAGCUCUUCACAUCGCACCCGCUACACCUCUCCCCCAACCAACACCCGCCAUCCGAAAGACUUCACAUAAAGCAGCCGAACAAAAGAGACGAGAUUCACUUAAAACAAGCUUCGACGCGCUUCGAUUCCUGCUCCCCCCCUUACCUCUCCCGUCAGAUGAGAAUUACGCAGGAGAGGUGCCGUUACCUGGUUCGAUGCCUCCGCGAGGCCCACCGAGGGGUGAUGUGAGCGGACCGAAUCGCGCAGUGAGCAAGUUGCAGCUGUUAAGGGCUGGGAAUGAUUUUAUUAGAGUGUUGAAGGGGAGGGUGGAGAGGAGGGAUGAGUAUAUUGGGGCGUUGAAGGAGGAGGUGAGGGCGCUGAGGGCGAGGGUUGAGGUGCUUUCUUCUUCGCUUUCUGCUAAGGAAGGGGAGGCGGAGAACGAGAAAGGAGUGGACGUUGAUGGUCUUCUGGAGGAGAUUGAGAAGGUUGAUUUGGAUAGAGACCUUGAUGCGGAGGAGGAUAGCGUGCGAGCCCUUGGGGUUGCGGAAGGGAGUGAGGUGGAUGAGGAGUUUGAAUAACGACUUGUGUGCCAGUGGAGAGGCUGAAUUGUAAUAUACCCACAUGUAUGUUGUCCAUGUUUCUAUUCUGUUGUACGUCUUCGGUCCUAGUUGGGUUUCGGGAGAGAAAACGAA